AACAUCAAAUCCUUUGGAUAUCGUUCCUCGUUCUCUCCCGAUCGAGCUCCGAAGCUCCGGCGAGCUCCGGCGGCGAAUUAUCUCGGAGGAGGAGCGCGGGCGGCGUCGCUGCAGUAACGGCAAUGGAUGAGGAGCGUGCUUUGCCUCCGCGUGCCAACGUAAAAUACACACAACUGUUCCUCUUAGCGUAUCAGAGCUUUGGUGUAGUUUAUGGUGAUUUGAGCACAUCGCCUCUCUACGUAUACAAAAGUGCAUUUGCUGGGAGGCUGCAUAACUAUAAAGAUGAGGAAACUAUUUUUGGUGUUCUUUCAUUGAUAUUUUGGACAAUUACCUUGAUUCCAUUGCUUAAAUAUGUCCUGAUUGUCUUGAGUGCUGAUGAUAAUGGUGAAGGUGGUACAUUUGCCCUAUAUUCUCUUCUUUGCAGACAUGCGAAGUUUAGUUUGCUUCCUAAUCAACAGGCAGCAGAUGAGGAGCUCUCAACAUAUCAUAGAAAUGGUCUAACAGCUCGAAAUGUUGUUUCCUCCCCAUUGAAAAGGUUUCUUGAGAAGCAUAAAAAGAUGAGAACUUGUUUGCUUCUUAUAGUUCUUUUUGGUGCCUGUAUGGUGAUAGGUGAUGGUGUUCUCACACCUGCUAUUUCAGUUCUUUCGUCUAUUUCUGGUUUGCAAGUUCGUGCAAGAAAUUUAAAUGAUGGUGCGGUUGUAAUUAUUGCCUGUGUUGUGCUGGUUGGCCUCUUUGCUCUACAGCAUCGCGGCACUCAGAAGGUUGCUUUCCUGUUUGCACCUGUAGUUAUCAUCUGGCUUUCAUGCAUUGGCGUACUUGGUUUAUACAACAUUAUCCAUUGGAACCCUGCUGUAUACCAAGCUCUUUCGCCGGUAUACAUUUACAAGUUUUUCAAACGCACAGGAAAAGAUGGUUGGAUUUCUCUAGGAGGAAUACUUCUCUGUAUCACAGGCACUGAAGCUAUGUUUGCAGAUCUUGGCCACUUUACUGAUGCAUCUAUAAGGGUUGCAUUUGUUGGUUUCAUUUACCCAUGCUUAGUGCUACAAUAUAUGGGCCAGGCGGCAUUUAUUUCUAAGAACUUCUCCUAUUUGCCUAUAAGCUUUUAUGAGUCCAUUCCAAAUCCCGUGUUCUGGCCUCUUUUUGUUGUUGCCACUCUUGCUGCCAUAGUUGCUAGCCAAGCUGUCAUCUCUGCCACAUUCUCCAUUGUUAAACAAUGCCAUGCUUUGGGUUGUUUCCCACGGGUGAAGAUUGUCCAUACAUCAAGGUGGAUAUAUGGCCAAAUUUACAUACCUGAAAUAAACUGGAUUCUUAUGGUUCUGUGUCUUGCUGUUACGAUUGGUUUCCGUGACACAACACUAAUUGGUAAUGCUUAUGGUAUUGCAUGCAUCACUGUGAUGUUUGUGACUACAUGGCUGAUGACGCUGGUCAUUAUAUUUGUGUGGCAGAAGAGUGUUAUAUACGCUCUGCUGUUCCUGAUCUGUUUUGGAUCACUUGAAGCUUUUUAUCUCUCGUCUUCAGUCAUGAAAGUUGCCCAGGGAGGGUGGGUACCACUCGUGCUUUCAUUUGUUUUCAUGUUCGUCAUGUAUGUAUGGCACUAUGGCACUCGACGAAAGUACCUCUUUGAUCUUCAAAACAAGGUAUCCAUGAAAUGGAUUCUAACGCUCGGCCCCAGCCUAGGAAUUGUCCGAGUCCCUGGAAUCGGACUCAUCUACUCAGAGCUGGUGACAGGAGUCCCUGCUAUCUUCUCUCACUUCGUCACUAAUCUUCCUGCUUUCCAUCAAGUUCUUGUCUUCGUGUGCGUGAAAUCCGUUCCAGUACCAUUUGUCCCUCCAGAAGAACGAUAUCUCAUAGGUCGGAUUGGCCCCAGAACCUAUCGCAUGUACAGAUGCAUUGUUCGAUAUGGUUACAAAGACGUGCCUAAGGAUGAAGACAACUUCGAGAACCAGCUGGUCAUGAGCAUAGCGGAGUUCAUUCAGAUGGAAGCCGAAGACUCUGGCUCUGCAAGUUAUGAUUCCUCUCUUGAUGGGAGGAUGGCGGUCAUAAGGACUUCCGAAGCAUCUUGUUCAAGGCUGUUAAUGAGAGAGGCCAAUGAGAACAGCAAUGACUAUUCGACCACAAUCAGGAGCAGCAAGUCAGAGACUCUGCAGAGCUUGCAGUCUUUGUACGAGCAAGAAUCACCAGGUUUGACCCGGAGGCGCCAGGUUCGGUUCGAGUUACCUCAGCAAGUACAGUGUGACACUCAGGUAAGAGAUGAGCUGUUGGCACUCAUCGAGGCCAAAAACACGGGAGUCGCUUAUGUUAUGGGACACUCUUAUAUAAAGGCGAGGAAGACUUCAUCAUUCCUCAAAAAGUUCGUCAUUGAUGUGGCCUACUCUUUCCUCCGAAAGAACUGCCGCGGCCCUGCAGUGGCCUUGAAUAUCCCUCACAUUAGCUUGAUCGAAGUCGGUAUGAUCUACUAUGUGUAAUUGGGGAUGCUUGCUUUUAAAUUCAAUGUGUAAUCUAUUUAUUAUGUACUUCUAGCUGCUUAAUCUGUGAUGAAAUUUUGUCUAGUUUUUUUUUUUCUUUUUUAUUGAUUAUGUAAAUUUAAAUAAUCAAAUAAGUAUCCAGAUGUUAGUAGUACUGCA